UCGCUAGCAAAACAAUUUGCUCAAACAUACAACGAUUUGGAGCUUUUUUCUCGUGGGAACGUAGACAAAACUAACUAAACCAAGGAACGCUUUUACCAUUUUUAGUAAACUACAUGCAGGAUCUGUGAACAUGUAAAGACAUAUUUGUUGCGUUUUUUCCUUCACGCUUUUCCGGUGAGGAAGUCCGCCCAUCAUUAUCAAACUUUGAGCGGUUUCGUCUUGUAUUACACAUGUUUGAUUAUCACAAGGCAUAGCAUCAUGAAUGGAAAAGACCAUCAAGGAGGCAAAGCUUUCGGAGUUCUUAAACAAGAGCAGGAAAAAAAAUUAGAUGAAAUUAAUCAGUCGUUUAUAAACACCGGCGACUAUGAUGACGAAGAAGAAUGGCCGGAUUUGGAAGGCAGUUUAAAUGGGUAUAAAAAGCAAUUUAUGGAGUUCGAUGAGGACAAUUCUGGCGAUAUUGAUAUCAUGGAAUUAAAAAGAAUGAUGGAAAAAUUGGGGCAGGCAAAAACACAUCUUGAGUUGAAAAAAAUGAUCGCAGAAGUUGAUACGACAAAUUCAGGAACCAUAACGUAUGAAGAGUUUUUGCUUAUGAUGCUGGGAAAGAAGUCUUCAAUUUUGAAGAAAAUUUUGAUGUUUGAAGCAUUGGCAAAGGAAAAAGAACGUCCUACAGGAAUUCCACCAAAACGUGACCUCGCUAGCUUGCCCUGACAUUUUGUAUUGUAUAAAAGAUAAAUAUCCAUUCUUCAAAUUUUUUCAUAGUCUAUAAAAGUUUCUUUGAGUUUUCUGAUUAUAUUUCAUUUUUUGGAAUGUUAGUUAGCUGAACUUUGACUCCGUUGAUUUGGACGAACAAACAGAAAGCUCAUGAAUUAAUCAUUAAUUUCCAGUCCACCAGACCAGUUUAACUUUUCCUGUUAAAUUUUCGUACUCUUCUUCGUGUGCUAGCAUAUUUAAUUUGAAUUUCUGCUCCUUACAAACUUUAACACCAGUUGAUGAUUAGCUAGACGUCCUUAUAAAGGCUUUGCUUAUUGAGGUAAAUACUAUAUUCUUAAAUAACAUAGAUUUCUAUUGUGAAA